AUGGGUGUUCUUGAUCAAGUUUCAGAAAUGUUUGAUUGCUCUCAUGGACACAAGAUUAAAAAGCGCAAACAGUUGCAGACGGUGGAGAUCAAAGUGAAGAUGGACUGUGAGGGCUGCGAGCGGAAAGUGCGGCGGUCAGUGGAAGGCAUGAAGGGUGUGUCGUCUGUGUCGUUGGAGCCCAAAGCCCACAAAGUCACUGUGGUCGGCUACGUAGAUCCCAACAAGGUGGUGUCUCGAAUGGCUCACAGGACCGGCAAGAAGGUCGAGCUGUGGCCCUACGUGCCCUAUGACGUGGUGGCACAUCCUUACGCUGCCGGAGUCUACGACAAGAAGGCACCGUCGGGUUAUGUGCGGAGAGCGGAUGACCCUGGAGUGUCGCAGCUGGCUCGUGCUAGCUCCACCGAGGUCCGCUACACCACUGCUUUUAGCGACGAGAAUCCAGCGGCUUGUGUGGUCAUGUGA